AUGCUCGUUGAACUUAAAGCCUGUUUCAUGGAGGCUUACGAUGAUAACCAAGAUGGCAAAAUCGACAUAAGAGAGUUGGCACAGUUACUGCCAAUGGAAGAGAAUUUCCUGUUACUCUUCAGGUUCGAUAACCCCUUGGAGUCAAGCGUGGAGUUCAUGAAGAUAUGGCGAGAAUAUGAUACCGAUGGCAGUGGUUAUAUCGAGGCUGAUGAACUUAAGAACUUUCUUCGAGAUCUUCUGAAAGAAGCAAAGAAAAUUAACGAUGUAUCAGAGGACAAACUUAUUGAGUACACUGACACCAUGCUUCAAGUAUUUGACUCCAACAAAGACGGCAGAUUACAACUUUCUGAAAUGGCAAAAUUACUUCCUGUCAAAGAAAACUUCCUUUGCAGACAAGUGUUCAAGGGCGCUACGAAGUUAACGAAGGAUGACAUUGAGAGAGUAUUCUCUUUGUACGACAGGGAUAAUAAUGGCUCAAUCGAGAACGAAGAACUCCGAGGAUUUCUCAAGGAUUUACUAGAAUUAGUUAAAAAGGAUUAUGAUGCUCAAGACUUGUUGGAAUUUGAAGAAACCAUUCUCCAAGGUGUCGAAUACAGCAACGAUGGCAAAAUAAGUCGGAAGCAACUCACCAUGAUACUUCUAGCCCUCGCUAAACACAAUCAUGAAGAAGAACCGGUUACACCAUAA